ACCGUCCCGCGCGCACGGUCGAAAAUAGGAGGGCUUUCUACUAAUCAGCACUCAGGCUCGCGCGAGCAAAAGUGCUUGGGUUGUCGAGUGAGCUUUUAGCAGAGGCGCAGAAGGUAGAAGGCAUGAGCGAACGCAGAAGCGGUGGUUACCAAUGCAUUCUCCAGAUACUGGAUCAUCCGGAGUAAAACAAGGGAAACAAUAGAUUCCACAGGAAUUUUGCACAGUGCACGGUGUGCUAUCGUCUCCGAAUGAAUGACCAUGGGGGAGUGGACAAUAUUAGAGCGUCUCUUGGAGGCGGCUGUCCAACAGCAUUCUACUAUGAUCGGAAGGAUCCUCCUAACUGUGGUGGUGAUUUUCCGGAUUCUAAUCGUUGCGAUAGUUGGAGAGACGGUCUAUGAUGACGAGCAGUCCAUGUUUGUGUGCAACACCCUGCAGCCCGGCUGUAACCAGGCCUGCUACGACAAGGCGUUCCCCAUUUCCCACAUCAGAUAUUGGGUGUUUCAGAUUAUUCUGGUGUGCACCCCGAGUCUCUGUUUCAUCACCUACUCCGUGCACCAGUCCGCCAAGCAGAAGGAGCGUUUGGAGCGGGGGUACUCCACCGUGUUCCUCUCCUUGGACAAGCGCCAUGAUUCCAUCAAAAGAGAUGACAGUAAAAAGAUCAAAAACACCAUUGUAAAUGGAGUACUUCAGAACACGGAGAACUCCACCAAAGAAGCCGAGCCCGACUGCUUGGAGGUGAAGGACAUCCCACAUUCGGCCAUGAGAACUAGUGGAAAGUCUAAAAUGAGGAGGCAGGAGGGAAUCUCAAGGUUCUACAUCAUCCAAGUGGUUUUCCGAAACGCUCUAGAGAUAGGCUUCCUGGUGGGUCAAUAUUUCCUGUACGGAUUCAAUGUCCCCGCGGUGUAUGAGUGUGAUCGAUACCCCUGCAUCAAAGAUGUAGAAUGCUACGUUUCCAGGCCCACGGAAAAGACAGUGUUUCUGGUCUUCAUGUUUGCGGUCAGUGGCGUCUGUGUGCUCCUGAACUUGGCUGAACUCAAUCAUCUUGGGUGGAAGAAGAUCAAAGUAGCUGUCAAAGGCGUGCAGGCCAGGAGGAAGUCCAUCUACGAGAUCCGAAACAAAGACUUGCCUAGAAUGAGCAUGCCAAAUUUCGGCCGCACUCAAUCAAGUGACUCUGCCUAUGUGUAGCUGUCGAUUUCAAUACAACUGAAUGGAACAAUUGUAGCCUACAAAGAAUUCACAUAUAUUUAAUAAUAAUGUGGUAGAUAUUUUAUUUCACCGACUUCGUUUGCGAAGUAGGUCGGGUAUAUCGAUUUUAAUUGUA